AUGUCAGCUGCUACAGCAAAGAAACCGCCCGCUGCGGGCGUCGGUCGCGUUUCCUCUACAGAUUCUGCAUCAACACCUGCUUCUCCUACGAGAACGCCAACGCGAUCCUCCACGCCCACCGCCGCUUCUGCUGCGCGCAGAGCACCUGCUCGCUCAGGAACUCCCGUGUCCGCUCGUGCAGCCGCAACAAGACGGGAUUCUGUUCUGAGCAACGGCAACGGCAAUGGCAGUUCUGAGGCCGAGGAGGCUGCGAGAGCCGAGACCCUUGCGCUAUUGGACGACCUCAAGGAACGCCUUUCCAAGGCCGAGAUCUCCUCUGAUCAGUACAGGAAACAGGUCGAAGUGCUGCAGACGAGAUUAGACGAUGCAAUCAAGGAGUCCUCCAAACUGGAGGAGAAGGUGCAUGAGACGGAAGAGCAGAUUGAGACACUGCGAAACGAGAAGAGAGAUGCCGCCAAGAAGAUGCGUGAGAUGGAAGCAAUCUACGAGGCCGAGCGAAGCUCCAUGACCAAGGAGAAGGAAGAAAUGUCCAACAGAGAGGAGGAGAUGCAGACAAUCAUCCAAAGACUGAAGGACAACUUGUCGCAGCGGAAUGAUGAGGAGGGCCCGGCAGCAACAUCUCCCAACGUUGACAACGGCAGUUUUGCCCCUCCUUCGUCCCUCAACCGCAGCGACUCCCGGAACAACUCGAAGCUUUUGCUCCAGAAGGAUAAGCUGAUCGAAUCUCUGCGGCUCGAACUUGCCGAGGCCCAAAUCAAGCUGGUUGAGUCUGAGAACCAGGGUGGCGGCAGACUGCAGGAGGUCGAACGCCUGCUGAUGGAAGCCCGCAUGGCCAAUGCCCGUCUCAUGGAGGAUAACGAGAGCUAUCAAUUGCUUCUCCAGGAAAAGACCCUCAAUGGCGAUUUCUCUAAGAAUGACUUCAGCUACAUGGGUGUUUCCGCCAACCAGGAUGCGCUCAAUGCGCUGGAGGGCCGAUCCGGAGGCGCGAGCUUGGCGGAUGAGCUGUCCGAGGACGCAUCAGAUGCCGGUGGCAAUGACAACGAGCAUGCCCGCCGCCUUGAAUCGGAGCUCAAGUCCAUGAAGGACCAGAACAAGGCGUUGACCCUCUACAUCAACAAGAUUAUCGAGAGGCUCCUGCAGCAUCAAGAUUUCGAGCACAUCUUGGAUACCUCUACCGAGAUCAAGCCGGCUGCGAACACCAACAAAGACCUCCCCGCUCCGCCGAAGGAGGGCGCUUCCGGAGCGUCGCUAUUGCAACGAGCCAAGACCAUGGCCGUCGGCCCGAACAAGCCCAAACAAAGGCCCAUGUCUUACAUGCCUUCGGCCCAGCCAGCCAACUCGGCACAUACGGACCCAGAGACGGCGCCUCGCAUUCCUAUCGGGAAUAUGACCCGUUCCUCCAGCACCCGCCGUGCGCGUCCGAUGAGCGAGCAGUUCACUGGUGUCAACCUCGUCAACCAGAUGUACCGGGGACCGGAUGGACCCAUCUCCCCGCCCCUUGGCUCCCCCCGUACUCCGCGAACGUCGCAGACCUUCUUCGGCGGCAACCCCAAUGCGGCUGCGCGGGCACCCAGUGGCCAGCAAGCACCCACCGCAGGAAACUUCCCCGGUAUGCGCAGUGAGACCUCGAGCACCAGCGGCGACUCGAACGACCUCACGGGUACGCCUCCCUCGCAGUCCCCUCCGCGGUCACACCACGAGAAGCAGACCACUUUCGCUGGCAACAAGCCCCGUCCUCUGCGCCUGGUGCAGGAGAACAAUGAGGCCAAGCAAGAAAACAACAAGCGAUCCAGCUGGAUGGGCUGGGCCUCCGGCUGGGGCAAGAAGGAAGAGGGCGGCGCCGCUGCCCCCGGAUCCAACGAAGCUAUCCCCGAGUAA